UUACAACGAUACUGAAUCGUCAUUUUGAUCUGGGCUUGGACUGGGUGUUGGACUUGAAUCGAUUUUGUUACGCUUGAAUGCACCUGAACGACAAUCGCACCAUUCCUCCAUGCUCGCACACAGACAAUGACAGACAGGAUGGAAAGCUUGGUUCAGUAUUGUGUUGAACAUCCUCUGCUGACGGUUGGGGUAACUGCUGCUGCGUUAGGUGCUGCUAGCCUUGCAAUGGGUAACGGGCCAGAGCCAGUAAAACAGGCGUUCUCCCUGGACAGACAAUCCGUAGAAUUGCCGGGACCUGAGCAUAUCCACGUAUCACCCUUGAAUGACUACGCGAAUGGCCAGCCGGUGAUCCAAGAUGGCUUCCAUCCGGAGAUCAACACUUGCUACGAGGCGCUCGAAAGUGGACUGAAGGCAUCAGGUGAUGGGCCGUGCCUGGGAUGGAGGAGAAGUUCUGAUGCACCUUUCCAAUGGAUGUCAUACAGCCAGGUACGAGACAAAGCAUUUCAGCUUGGUUCGGCACUCAUCCAGAAGGGAUGCCAUCCCAGCAAUGCAACCAACAUCGGCGUCUACUCACAGAACCGGCCUGAGUGGGUUAUUAUGGACCGUGCCUGUAUGGCAUAUUCCAUGGUGGCCGUGGCAUUGUACGACACGCUGGGCAUUGAGGCCUGCAAGCACAUUAUCAACAUCACCGAGAUGCCGGCCAUCUUCAUCGACAAGGUUUCCAAGCUGGACACUUUAACGGACAUCCUCGGGGAGGACGCCGCGGUCAAGCUGGUGGUCAUCUUUGACGGACCCAUCCCGGAGGACAAGAAGGAAGAGUUUGAGAAGCGAGGCAUCGAGCUCAUCCUGUACGAAGACAUGCUGGAAAUUGGCACCAACAAUCGGCAAGAACCGGUGCUUCCUAAGAAGGAUGAUAUUGUUUCCAUAUGCUUCACCAGUGGCACUACAGGCAUUCCAAAAGGGGCCAUCAUGACGCACGAUAACUUCAUGAAUGACAUCAAGGGGCUGAACGUUUUCGCAAUGGAUCAAUUUUGGAUGUCCAAAGACGACACUCAUCUUUGCUACCUACCAUUGGCCCAUCAGUACGAGCGUCUGGUCACGUACACGCUCCUGCAAGUAGGUGCUAGGAUCGGCUUCUUCCAGGGCGACAUCAAGAUGUUACUGGACGACGUUCAGGCUCUGCGGCCGACUGUUUUCCCCUCGGUGCCUCGACUCUUAAACAGAAUAUACGACAAGGUUAUGACGGGAGUAAACAGCGCUGGCUGGGUCAAGAGAACUCUGUUCAACAUGGCAUUCAACAAAAAGAAGGCCGAACUGGCGAAGGGUAUCGUCAGAAAUGACUCUUUGUGGGACAAGCUCGUAUUCAAAAAAAUCCAGAAUCUGCUAGGGGGUCAGGUGAGAUGGAUCAUCACUGGUAGUGCCCCCCUGUCUACUGACGUUAUCACAUUCCUUAGGGUAGUUUUCGGAUGUCUGGUUUCGGAAGGAUAUGGGCAGACGGAAUGUACCGCCUGCGCGACGCUCACGUCUCUGGCCGAUAUGUCCACGGGGCAUGUAGGCGCACCCAUUCCAUCCUGCAUGAUCAAGCUGGUCGACGUGCCCGACAUGAAGUACUUCGCUGCCGACGACAAAGGAGAGAUAUGCUUCAAAGGCCCCAUAGUAUUCAAGGGUUACCUGAAGCAGCCAGAGAAGACAAGUGAAGCUAUCGAUGAAGACGGCUGGCUGCACUCUGGCGAUGUCGGUCAGUGGAACCGGAAUGGUACUUUGAAGAUCAUCGAUCGCAAGAAGCACAUCUUCAAGUUGUCCCAAGGAGAGUACGUAGCCCCGGAGAAACUGGAGAGUGUCUACACUCAGCUGUCUCUAGUCGCCCAGGCGUUCAUCUUCGGCGACAGCUUGAAGAGCUGUCUCGUGGGUAUCAUCGUGCCCGAUGAGGAGGAACUCAACAAGUACGCGGCCAAAAAGAAACUCACAGGAUCCUUCAAAGAGCUUUGUGAAGUCAAGGAAGUGAAGGAAGCCAUCUUGAAUCAGAUCUCCGAACAUGGCAAGGAGGCAGGCCUAAAAGGAUUUGAAGUGGUCAAAGCAAUCCAUCUUCAUUCGGAGCUCUUCAGCACCGAGAAUGGCCUGCUGACCCCGACGUUCAAGAACAAACGAACCACGUUAACGGAACAAUUCCAAGAGGAAUUAAUGAAUCUCUACAGUGCUUUGUAGGCGGACGUCGUGUGAUGUCGGAUCACAAUUUACUCUCAAAUUCUAAUAUGGUUGGAAUCGUAUGACGUCAAAAGUGCCACGUGACCAUCUUGGUUUCUCCCAUGAUUGGCCGCCAUGGCAGUAGGCAAGCGUUUUGGUUAGCGAGUACGUCGGUUGCGUUGUGAACUACAGAGUAAGGAUUAUUUUCACAUAAAAUAACCACAAGUUCUUUAUCGAUCAGCAUAAUGGUCACUACCUGUGCCGUGUACGCAGGGGUGGUGGAACACUUUU